AUGUCACGGCGGGUGCUGGUUCUUGAUGGACUCUGGUACUCGCUAUGUCCGUCAUUCAGCCCAUUGACUCUGACUCGUCCCAAUCCUCUAUUAAAGCAGCGAAAACCAAGCUCUCGACCAAACCCGCCGCCAGCUUUUCUUAUUGCGACGCCGCCGCGGCAUCGCUGCUACAGCAGCAAUGCCAGCAAAAUUGAUGGCCGCGCCCGAUUCGAGGACGAGCUGACACUCGACGAUACCAAUGAUGCACCUCAAACUCUUGCCAACACCAUCUCACCACGGAACGAGCUUCGGGAGAACGAGCGUGAUGGCUUCGAUCCCGAGUACACAUCCGAGACCCAUCGUGAGGGCCUGGACCUAUGGUUACCGAAGCAGAAGAAAAUAAUGAACAAAAGCCCCGGCAUCCCCCAAUCUGCCGCCGGAAAGAGCAGUGACAGUCUGGAGACACUUUUACAAACGGAAAUGGCCAAGAAGCCUAACAUCACGUCUGCGACAAACAUGUUACGGUUGUUAAUACAAGAUCGAGGUGUCAAGCCCUCGGCGCGGCAUUAUAAGGCUCUCAUACUGGCGAACUCGGAUGCGUUGCAUGGUUCACCGAUGUUUGUGAGGAGCCUGUUGGAGGAGAUGGAGAAGCAGGGAAUUGCGGUGGAUUCGGGGACGCUGCAUGCUGCGUUACAGGCACUCGCUGUACAUCCAGACUUCUGCCUGCGCCAGGAAGUCCUCCAGAAAUUACGUGACCGAUGGCUUACGCUCAGCCCGGCUGGAUGGCAUUUCGUGGUUACGGGACUCCUUCGCGAACACAAGUUCGAGAUGGCCCUUGAACAAGUUGCCCUGAUGCAACGGAAAGAUAUUCAUGUUGAGGAUUGGUUGCAUAGCUCAAUGAUCUACCAUCUCUGUGACUUGGGCGAAUUGGACGAGGUGCUUCGCCUGAUGCAGGUUCGAGUCAGCCAGGGCCACGAUAUGACGUCUCGACUAUGGAUGCAUGUGCUGCAGACUGCAAUUGAAGCGGAACACUAUAUGAUGACACGUUUCGUGUGGCGACGUAUGGUCGAGCUCGGCUACCUCCACCCGCCGACUGCUGUGUGCAGCGAGGUGCUGAGACUCGCUGCCGGCGUCAGUGAUGUUGAGAUAGCAAAUUCUGUGUUUCGCCAUCUCACAAGACGUGCGCUCUCCCCGGCUUUGGAAGAUUACCAGCAGCUUGUUGUGGCCCACGUCGGCGUGGGCGACCUCCCUGCUGCGUUUGGAGUCCUUUGUACAAUGCACGAAGCUGGCCUGUCUUUUGAUCAGACGAGCACCCAACCCAUCCUCACGUAUAUGAUUCACAGCAAGACGGACCGCCGAGAGGCUUGGCAAAUUCUCAAGAGAUUGCAAAAUGAGAAGCACGGCAUUCCUCUCGCAAGUGUUCGCGUCAUUGCCGAAUUAUGUGAACACGAUGCCCAAAAUGACCCGACGGUGGUAGAUGACGCCGUGGGGUUCUACAAUGAGAUCCACACGCUCUGCCCGCAAGGUGCCGAUCUCCAGGUCUACAAUGCACUGAUUCGGAUGUGUCGCACGGCGGGCAAACGGGAAGCCGGCAUCUUCCUAGUCAAAGAAAUGGCCACUCUGAACGUCAUCCCGGAUGCCAGCACCUUUGAAUCCCUCAUUCUGAUGUGCCUUGAUGCGGGUAACUAUAAGUCUGCGCUCAUGUACUUGUUAGAUCUGUCCAAGCGGGAGGCGACGGUCAAUCCAAAAGUGAGAGAGGAAAUCCGGAGUCUUUGCGCGCAAUCGGUCAGCGAGUAUGCGCUGCGGCUGCAGUAUCACCCUUUGAUUCAAGGUAAGGAAGAUACGACUUUCUCGGAUCAUACCACCCAGACGCCUCCAACGCCCAACCCACCUCGCAACCCUCGCCCCAAGCUUGGCCGUGAGGAGAGAAUUGCCUAUAACAAGGAGCGACGACAGAGGAAACGCCGCCGGUUGGCACUGGAGCGACUAGCGGCAGAAGGCAAAGUAAGCCCAGAUGCUAGGAAUGACCUAGAAUUAGAGGGUUCUGAGGAUGAGAUGGAUGAGGUGGAUGUAGAUGAAGUGGACGAGGUGACCGAGGGGAAGAGCAAGCCGAGCUCUACCUCAUCCAAGGCAGGCGAAUAG